GUCUGUCUCCAGAACAACGGCUCUCGGUCUACAGUUUGACACCGAGAUUAUCAAUUUGUUGUCAAUAUAGUAGUUUCUAGUAGUUGCUGGGCAGUCCGGAUUCAUUUUUGCAGUAUAUAACUGUGGAACCCUCAAGUGUCUGAUUGUUGAUAUCAUCAGAUAUUGAAAUCACUACAUCGUUGUUCAUAGCAUCCCCCAGAUCACACCCACCAUCAAUCGUUCAUCCACCAUGUCCAAGUUGCUCACUGUCUUCGGGGCUACCGGCAACCAGGGUGGCUCCGUGGUCGAUGCUAUCCUCGCGGACCCCCAGCUGUCGAAGGAAUUCAAGGUCCGCGGUAUCACGCGCGACGCCACCAAGAAGUCCGCCCAGGAGCUGGUCAAACGGGGUGUCGAGGCUGUCACAGCCGAUCUCAGCUCCAUCGACUCCCUCACCGCAGCCAUUCAGGGCUCCCACACCGUCUUCCUCGUCACCAACUACUGGGAAGCGAUGAGCGCAGACGUCGAAUACUCACAGGGCAAGAACGUCGCGGAUGUCUGCAAGGCUGUUGGCGUCUCGCACCUGAUCUUCUCGUCCCUUCACCACGUGAAGGAGAACACCAACGGACGCCUUAGCCACGUCCCUCACUUCGACAGCAAGGCCAACGUGGAGAAGUACAUCCGUGCCUCGGGAGUCGGAUGCAGCUUCGUCCUUCCAGGGUACUACAUGAGUAACUUGAAGCAGACGCUCAGGCGCGCCGAGGACGGCAGUUACCAGCUCUUCUUCCCGGUUGGCAAGCAGGCCCAGUUCCCGCUUUUUGAUGCCGCGCAAGAUACCGGCCUCUUCGUGAAAGCAGCAAUCAAGCACGCAGACCAACUGAAGAAUAAGCAAAUUCUGGCCGCCGCUAAGUACUAUACUCCCGAAGAGAUUGUGAACAUCUUCUCCGAGGUUUCGGGCAAGAAGGCGGUCUUCAUUCAGGUUUCCGCGGAGCAGUACAAAGCCGCACUUUCCCCUGCGGUGGCGGAUGAAUUCCUCGAGAAUCACCUGUUCGUGGAAGAGCCGGGUUAUUAUCUGGGAGAACCCCUCGAGCCUAGUCUGAAGCUUGUUGACUCGGAGCCUACGACCUGGGCGGAGUUUGUGCGGAAGAAUAUUGCGACUUGGAAAUAGGGUGUGCAGCCGACUGGACAGUGAAAGACAUGGUGUAAUUUGAAGGACCCUCUGAAUUGAAUUUAUUUUAUUAGU